AUGAUCCUGAUUUCUUUACUUUGGACCGCGAGUGGACACUGUUAAAUUUUCUGUUAUAUCGACAAAAAUGUUCUGAUUUCUGUGCCGACAAGCAUGAAGAACACAGCCGGUAUACUCGUAGCCUUGCUAGUAUACUCAGUUACGAACAACAAUCCCCGGAAAUGAUUAAACUGGCUAGCGACGCUCUUAAUUUGUUACAAGUUAAGUAUUACUUUUUGGUGUUUUGUUGGCAGUGGACGGGUCUCAAAGGGCAAUAG